AACAGGACCACCGAUACUACCGAUCUACUACCGAUCUGCCGUGAAGGCAUUUGGAGCAAUCCCUGCAGAAACUGUUUGGCGAAAGUGCCGACAAUUCAAAGAUCUCGAAAUGAAGCAGCUCGUUUGCCGAUUGUGCCUCGCUCCGGGAGAAGAACAUCGUUCGCUGUUUGGGAAAUCGCAGGAACCCGAUUAUGUGUCGAUUAUACGGGAGGUUGUGCGCUUAGAAAUCCGGGAAGACGACGAAUUACCGAAAAGAAUUUGCUUUCACUGCGCAGCAAGACUCGCCAGAAUACAGGAAGAUGUGCAGGGGUUUCGUGAAACAGACAACAAAUUGCGUGCCUUGCUCCUCGAAGAAUCUGUUGAUAGCAAACAACCGAGCGAAAGAUCCACUGAAAACGAAGAGCUUGUCCACGAUCCGUUCGAUUCCGUUGUCAGUGUUGACGAGGAAACGGCCCCUAGCUUACAAGAGAACCGUUUAAACGUCCCCCAAGAGAAAUCCGUCGACAUCGUGCGUCGUUCCAGUCGCGUUCGGAUUAAGAUAGCCCAGGCCAUCCGUUCUCCUUCGAUCGUUUCAGAUCAAACAGACGAUCGACGUUCGGACGACGAGAGUGAUAAUGAAGCUUCCCGGAUAGAGAGUCCUAAAAUCUCCAAUUCUUCAGCUACUAAAAGAACAGCCGCUAGUAUUCCGAAACCAUUAAGGUCCAAACGAAGAAAACUAUCAAAAUCAGAACACAAGCGCAAAGAUGGUCCGACGCUUCGGGAUUACAAGUGCUAUAUCUGCUGCAGUGCAUCGCUCGGAUCGCAGAAAGCGUUGCUGGAUCAUUUCGCCACACACGUGGAUCGCGUGCCGUACACCUGCGAGCGCUGUGUGAUGAAAACCGUAGUCAUCACGCGAGUCCGAACGCUGAACACCCACCUGAAGAUGCACGAGCAACCGAUCAAAUGCGAUUACUGCGAUCGGCGAUACAGUAAUGCCUCUGGGAAAUAUUAUCACACACAAUUUUACCACCUAGGAGGCGGUGCACCGUGUAUCAUUCACUGUAAGGAGUGUGGCAAACAGUGCGGAUCGCAGGAUGCCUUGCGAAAGCAUAUGAAAUACCACACCACGGCCCUCAAGUGCCGGACGUGCGACAAAGUGUUCAACCAUCCAAAUAAGCUGCGCAACCACGAACUUAGCCACGAUGCAAACGGUGGCUAUGAGUGUGUCGUGUGCAAGAAGGUACUGCAGACGAUCGAGUCGUACGAUGUGCACCUGAAGAAGCAUACCCAGGAACGUAGCUACCAGUGUUCACUGUGCCCGAAAAAGUUCAAUACCUCGUGCAACCUGAUACUGCACAUGAAAGUGCACGCCAAGAACGACAACUACCGGCCGACGCGUUCCUGGUUAGAGCACUACACGAUCGUUAGUCGCGAACCGCUAAAGUACAAGUGCAAUCACUGCGAUCGAUACGGCACCGAUAAGGUGAAUAAUAUGAUCUCACACCUGCAGGCACACUUCAAGGAGUACGAGUGCGAUCGCUGUAAGCGGUUGUUCGCGACGGCAAAGCAGUUGCGAGCCCAUUACCCUACGCAUACCGGCGAGAAGCCGGAAAUGUGUCAACACUGUGGCAAAUGUUUUUCGAAUAAAAGCAGUUUACGUACUCAUCUACGAACGCAUGGCCGCGAACCGGCAACAUCGGAUGAUGGUGAUAACGAAGGACAGAAAGACUCGGUGGUGGGUGCCACCGUCAUAAGUCAGAUCAACGGAGAAAAGACGAAUAAUGAUGAUAAGGAGCGGGGAGCAUAAGAGUGUAGGGAGAGGGUUAGUUCAAUGGGUAAAAUAAAUCAUCAUGCGAAGCAUACGAAACGUAAAUGCAUUUAA